ACACAGUGGCGGUAAUGAGGGUUGGCCGUCUUUAGACAGUCGCGAAACAGAAGAGGAACCACGCGUUACUCGCACAAUUUCCAUCCUAUUUAUUUUCAUGUAGCGCAUUAACCGCCACAUUCAGCGUCUGAGCAGUGACGUGUGCGUUCUUCUUCGUUACUAUGGCUGUGACUUUACAUACGGACCUUGGCGACAUAAAAAUCGAGCUGUUCUGUGAACGAGCCCCGAAAUCCUGUGAGAAUUUUCUUGCAUUGUGCGCCAGUGGCUUUUACAGUGGAUGUAUCUUUCAUCGAAACAUUAAAGGUUUUAUGGUCCAGACCGGAGACCCCACAGGUACGGGCAAAGGAGGAACAAGUAUUUGGGGACGGAAGUUUGAAGAUGAAUUUAGCGAACAUUUAAAGCACAAUGUCAGGGGUGUGGUUGCAAUGGCAAACAGUGGACCAAACACCAACGCCUCUCAGUUCUAUUUCACCUAUGCAAAGCAGCCUCAUUUGGAUAUGAAAUACACUGUGUUUGGAAAAAUCAUAGAUGGCUUGGAAACUCUAGAUGAAUUGGAGAAGCUCCCCGUCAAUGAGAAGAAUUUUCGGCCUUUGAACGAUGUCCGCAUUAAGGAUGUUACUCUUCAUGCAAAUCCAUUUGCGAUUUAACGAUCGUCAUUUUUACGGACUAAGGAGGUGGUUUGUGCCUGACAGUAAUAGUCCUAGUCAUACUCAUGAUGGAGUCUGUACAGAAUACUUUGCAAAUGUUUUUUUACUUUUGUGAUAUUGUGUAUUUUACAUUGUUCCUUUUUUUUUUCUUCAUUUGAUUUUUCUUUGUAAUCAUUUGUUUUUCUGUUCAAAACAUCUGUAAUGUGAAGAGUAAAUCAGCGCACAGUUUGUGCAGACUUUUA